GAAGGAUCCGAAUGAACCUUAGAUGAGUCCGAUUUAUCCACUGAAAGCCGUGGGAUAUCGUCUGGAAGACCACUUCAGACGCGCUGUCAAAGUCAUGUCUUUGACCCAGCCUACAGAAGGUUGUGCCACUUCCGACCAGCGGAGGUCUCCGUUGAUGCAGAAGACAUACAUGUGUGAACAGCUCUGCAAAAGCUAGCCUUCUCGGUCUUGCGGCUUUGAUGAAUAACGGCAGCUAUCCUGACGCCAGCAGUUAAGUACCUUCAUGCUCAGAUCAAGCAGCCACGUUUUCCUUCGACGCUCUCGCUGCUGACUGCCAUCAGCUGAACCACACCGCGCAGCAUGGCGAUCUCUAUGAAUGAAGCACAAUUUCUUGGACUGUUCCUGGAAGCCUUCAUGGUCGGAAUAUUGUGCACGCUGUGCUGCGUGAUUGCCUUCAUACAGCUCCGACUACCUACGCACCACUCAACUGGAUGGCUGAUACCCGUUACCACCUUGAUGCUGGCGAUAGCGUUGAUUCAUUUCAUCGUAGACUUUGUCAGAGCAUAUUAUGCAUUCGUGCGGCUGGUGCCUUUUUACUACCUCAACUUCAAGAACCCGCUGUUUUUGGUCAAAACGGUACUUCUAGCUGUGCAGACCUUGGUCGGCGACUGCGUCCUGGUCUGGCGAUGCUACACCAUAUACAAUAAACGUGUAUGGGUCAUAAUUAUACCCCUGCUCUUCACUAUCGGUGGUCUAGUGACAACUGGCGCUAAUGCUGCCAUCUGGGUGCAUGCCAAAACAACCAAUAGGCAAGACGCAGCUCUUCCUUGGGUCACUGCGUACUUUUCCCUGACGCUAGCGGUUAAUUUCUAUUGCACAUGUGAGCACUUUCAAAUUUUCCUGUUUGAAAGAUCGUAG